UUCCCGUUGAGCGUUCUUUAUUUGUAGAAAAGCGUCGUCUUCAGGGAGUUGAAAUUUGUACCUCUUCGAUCUCAGGUAGGCUGGAUAAAGAUGUCUGAGAAUGGAUUUGACAAUGGGGAGAUUGAUACUUUGAAUCAUAGCCUCGCCGAGAAAGAUGAUACAGUUAAUGUUGAUCCUGGACAACCGGCAUUUUUAACAUGGAAACGAAAUUUAAGCGAUCAGGGACAUGAACUGGCAGAAUUUACUCUGAAUUUUAGAGAGAUGCUGGAGUUGGCUCCAUUAGGCCUUCGUUUAGGGCGACAUCUCAUACAGGAAAUGGCACAAGGAAGGGAUAUAGUAAUCGAUCCCAUAAAAAAGAAUUGCACAACGUCUUGUCAAGGUGUUCCAUUGGGUGGCAUCGGUGCAGGCAGCAUCGGAAGAAGCUAUAGAGGCGACUUUCAACGAUGGCAACUGUUUCCUGGAGUACGUGAAGACAAAUCUGUCUUAGCAAAUCAAUUCUCAGUUUUCGUUUCACGCUCAGAUGGUAAAAGAUACUCGACUGUACUCUCCCCAGGCAACCCGAAAAGGCUCAAGGAAAGUUCCGUUUCAGGAAUUGGCUCCUGGGAUUGGAACCUGAAUGGGAAAAAUUCUACCUAUCACGCUCUGUAUCCAAGGGCUUGGACCAUUUAUAAUGGGGAACCUGACCCGGAGUUAACAAUAACUUGCCGUCAGGUUUCACCUUUUAUUCCCCACAACUAUCAACAAAGUAGUUUACCUGUUGCAUUAUUUGCAUUCACGCUUACCAAUUCAGGGAAUACUGCUGCAGAAGUAACUUUGCUCUAUUCAUGGGCGAAUUCCGUGGGUGGGAAUUCUGAGUUUUCUGGUUAUCAUUCAAACUCCAAGAUGACUGAAAAAGAUGGUGUGCGUGGAGUUCUUCUGCAUCACAACACUGCAAAUGGGCAAUCACCAGUAACAUUUGCUAUAGCAGCACAAGAAACAGCUGAUGUGCAUGUCUCUGAAUGCCCUUGUUUUGUGAUAUCUGGAAAUUCAGUUGGAUUCACAGCAAGUGAUAUGUGGCAUGAAAUUAAAAAGCAUGGGUCCUUUGACAACCUUGGUUCGACCGAUAAAAUUAUGCAUUCGGAGCCAGGGUCAUCUAUUGGUGCGGCUAUAGCAGCUUCUGUGAUGAUUCCUCCUCAAGCUGCUCAUACUGUAAAAUUUUCUUUGGCAUGGGCUUGCCCAGAAGUAAAGUUUCCUAGUGGGAAGAUUUAUCACAGACGUUAUACCAAAUUUUAUGGGACUGAUGGAGAUGCAGCAGCAAGACUUGUACAUGAUGCCAUAAUAGAACAUCAAACGUGGGAAUCCCAAAUUGAAGAAUGGCAAAGACCAAUUCUACAAGACAAAAGACUUCCAGAAUGGUAUCCCGUCACUCUUUUCAAUGAGCUCUACUAUCUCAAUGCUGGAGGGACGAUAUGGACAGACGGGUCAUCACCGCUACAUAGUCUGACAGCAAUUGAAGAAAGAAAGUUUUCCCUCGAUAAAUCAAAUUUUGAUCGUGGAAACUUAGCUAAAGUCAUUCCAGAAAACAAUACUGCAGCUGACAUCUUGGACAGGAUGGCAUCAGUUCUUGAGAAAAUGCACACUCCUAUCGCAUCAAAUUCUGGCUCUGUAACAUUAUUGCUUGAAGACGAUGAGCAUAUUGGUCAUUUUCUCUAUCUUGAAGGGAUUGAGUAUCUAAUGUGGAACACAUACGAUGUUCAUUUCUACUCAUCUUUCGCACUCUCCAUGCUAUUUCCAAAACUUGAGCUCAGCAUUCAGAGAGACUUUGCUCGAGCAGUAAUGGUGCAUGAUCCUGAAAAGGUUAAACUUCUAAGUAAUGGCAAGUGGGCUGCUAGAAAAGUUCUAGGAGCUGUUCCCCAUGACCUCGGGCUAUUCGAUCCAUGGUUCAAAUUAAAUGCUUAUACACUUCAUAACACAGAUAGGUGGAAAGAUCUAAAUCCUAAAUUUGUUCUGCAAGUUUAUAGGGAUAUAGUAGUCACUGGUGAUAAGUCCUUUGCACGAGAAGUUUGGCCAGCAGUCUAUACUGCCAUGGCUUAUAUGGAUCAAUUUGAUAAGGAUGGAGAUGGAAUGAUAGAAAAUGAAGGAUUCCCUGAUCAAACUUAUGAUGUUUGGUCAGUUACAGGUGUUAGUGCAUAUUGUGGAGGACUUUGGGUGGCAGCUCUACAGGCUGCUUCAGCUAUGGCACGCGAAGUUGGCGACAAAGCUUCAGAAGCAAUGUUUUGGGAUAAAUAUGAGAAGGCAAGAUUAGUAUAUAUGAAACUAUGGAAUGGUUCGUACUUUAACUAUGAUGAAAGCGAUGGAAAGACAAGCUCGUCUAUACAGGCUGAUCAGUUAGCUGGACAAUGGUACGCUGCAGCGUGCGGCCUAAACUCAAUAGUUGACGCGGAAAAAGCGCAAAGUGCUUUUGAAAAAAUUUACUCUUUCAACGUCCUCAAGUUCAAGGAUGGAAAAGGUGGCGCAGUUAAUGGGAUGAAACCAGAUGGUAAUGUUGAUUUGUCUGCAAUGCAAUCGAGAGAGAUAUGGCCUGGAGUUACAUAUGCUGUUGCUUCUGCUAUGAUCCAAGAAGGUAUGGUUGACAUGGGAUUCAAAACUGCUCAAGGCGUCUAUGAAACUGCGUGGUCUGAGCAAGGGGCCGGGUACUCUUUUCAAACCCCUGAAGCCUGGAAUGCAAAGGGUGAAUACAGGUCUCUCUGCUACAUGCGUCCACUGGCGAUAUGGGCAAUGCAAUGGGCAUUAUCGCCUCCGAAGCUACACAAAGAUGUUGAAUCUGACACAAAAGAAGAAGCUAAUCUAAAGCAUCACAUGUCAUUCUCUAAAGUUGCGAAGUUACUCAAAUUGCCUGAAGAAGAGCAUCAUAAAAGUAUUCUUCGGGUUAUCUACGAGAUCACUUGUAAUAGGCUGAGGUCUUAAUGGCGGUUUCAAAGCCUUAAGGGGCUUACUCAUCUACGUUGAAUAAAGGAACUUGUAUACUUAUUUUGUGACUGCAUUGAUUGAUUGUAUGUGCAUUAUUACUGUAACAAUAAAAGGCGGCAUUGCUCUUUUUCUGGGUUUUAUUUGUAAAUUACAUUGUCAAAGUACUUCGUAAAUAAAAAGUUCUUUUUUCCUUUU